UAUUAAAUAGUGUGCUAAUCCGAUUUAUCCCCUUGUGAAAUUCAUUUGUGUCCAAAAAGUCUAAACCAAAUUAAUAUAGUUACAUCACGCAAAUUUGAGUAUGGGCUGCCAAAUGUAUUUAUAUUAAUUUUGAAAGAACGACACAAGUUUUCUUGUUCAUUGGUUACUUUUGCAAGAGACGAGUCGGUGGUCGGAUCGUUUUUUUAGCGGCUUGUGUUUUUUCAAUUGGAUUUGGUUUUAAGGCUGAUUUUGCUUACUUCAAAAUGGAUACUUUUGGAACUGGUGCAACUCAAUCUGAAAGGAACGAGUGUGGAGUUUUAAACUCAAACUUAAAUCAUUUUGAUGAUUUUAUGGAGAAAUUUCCUGCAGACCCUGCUUACAUUGGUGCCAUAAUUGGUCGUGGCGGUUGUAAAAUUAAAGAAAUUAGAACAAACUUCAACGUUUAUAUACAUAUAAACAAUGACACCAAGGAAAUUUCUGUCAAGGGUCGUAAUAGAAAAAAUGUUGACGAUGCAGUCAAAUAUAUUCGUGAUAUUAUGUCUGGUCAAGAAAAUAGAAAUUUUUCAUUUCCAAAUCACGAAGUCUCGCACAAUCCCAAAGUUGUAUUAAAAGAAAAUACAAUGAAUCGUUUUAAUGCUUCUUCCGAAAAUGACAAUAUUCAGGUUGCAGCUCCAAAAUCUGGAGAAAGUGGUGGAAUUAGAUUAAAUGCGCCUACGAAAAAUGUAUAUAAUGGUGGCGCCGAAAACCAUGUAGUAUUGCAGCCUAUCGAUUGGGAAACUUUGAAUAGAAAAGUUGAAGAACAUCGUAGGUUACACUGGGCGCAUCUGCCAGACUUGAGAAAAAAUUUUUAUGAAGAAGUAGAGGAAGUCGCUAUUAAGACAGAAGAAGAAGUGAAUGAAAUGCGUUAUUUAAACAAUAAUAUAAGUGUUUCCCGUUUGGUGACAAAUGAAGAUCAAAUGUGUCCUGAUAUACCGAAACCAAUUUGGAAAUUUCAACAUUGUUUCAAAGAUUAUCCUGAUAUCCUUGAUGAGUUAAAGAAACAAAAUUUUAAUGAACCAUCACCAAUACAGAAGCAAGCAUGGCCUAUAUUAUUGAGAGGCGAGGAUAUGAUAGGUAUAGCCCAAACAGGGACUGGAAAAACUUUAGCAUUUCUGCUUCCUGCUUUGAUUCAUACUGAUGGACAGACUACACCACGUGAGAAACGUAAUGGUCCAAAUAUAUUAAUUUUAGCGCCAACGCGAGAAUUAGCAUUACAAAUAGCAAAAGAAGUUAACAAGUACUCGUUCCGUGGAAUAAAAGCUGUAUGCAUUUAUGGUGGUGGGAAUCGUCGUGACCAAAUUAGUGUUUUCAAAGAAGGAGCUGAAUGCGUUAUUUGUACUCCUGGACGUCUUAAUGAUUUGGUUCAAGCUAAAGUUAUAGACAUUACAUCAGUUACAUAUUUAAUACUAGACGAAGCGGAUCGUAUGCUGGAUAUGGGUUUCGAGCCACAGAUCCGAAAAAUUCUACUCGACAUACGUCCUGACAGGCAGACCGUCAUGACUAGUGCCACCUGGCCACCAAGUGUUGGUAGAUUGGCCGAAAGUUAUAUGAACAAUCCUAUUCAAGUGUGUGUUGGUUCGCUUGAUUUAACUGCCACUCAUACUGUGAGUCAAAAUGUAGAACUCUUGGAGGAUGCGGACAAAUUUAAUACGGUCCUUGCAUUUUUAAAAAACCUUAAAUCAACCGAUAAGGUUAUUAUCUUCUGUUCUAAGCGAGCUCGUGCUGACGAUUUGUCCAGUGAUUUAUCUCUAAAAGGCCUGUCAACACAAUGUAUACAUGGUUCUCGUGAUCAGGUACAUAAUGCAUUAACUUAA